AUGGAUAGUUCCGCUGCGUUGGAUCCCAACAAAGCAUCUCAUGGUCGACAAGCCGCCUGCUUGAACUGUARGAAAAGCAAGGUCCGCUGCAACCGAGGCCAAGAUGAUGCGUCGUGUAGCAGAUGCAAACAGGCCAAUGUUGAAUGCAUCAUACCCAGCCACCAUGUCGGUAGACAGAAAGGGGUCAAAAAGUACGCGCUAAACGCAUUGAUCUUCCGAGGACCCCAAGCUGACAUGGUGAAAACCAGCAAACGCAAAGGCCUUGAAAAAGCAUUACAUCAGAUUGAACAGGCCAUCAAGAGACCGAGAAGCAAUGCAUCCGGGUCCGAGGCGGCCCAAAAGCUCAUAUCAGACCUUCAAGAGAUGCUCAGCAAUACACGAGAACAGCAGUUACACAGUGAGGCAGACGACCAGUCCGAGGAUCGGUCCUAUACAUACCAUUCGCCCCGGGAUAACAAUUUCGGCGAUAAUCUCUCCCUAGAUGAUGCAGAGAAUCCUUUACAACUACUUGCACGUGCCUCCGAUCUACAGCUAUCGCCGAAUGAGGCUCGUGAUGCACACAGAUGGCCACCUUCAACAUUUCCCCAACCUACAGGCAUGCUGCCGAGUAGCACCGAGGGAAGCGACCCUGCCGCGCAAUCAUAUUUUGUUCCCAUCCGGGCAAAUCUGGAUGUUGGCCCAGAUAUAGACCCCAUUGACAUUGGUCUUGUGACUCCGAGUGAAGCCGAAUCGCUUUUCUCUUUCUUUUAUCAGAACCUCGCACAUACUCGAUGGGGCCUAGACCCUCUGGUACACACCGUCUCGUUUGUGCGGACCCAGUCUGCAUUUCUAUUCACCUCUAUCAUGGCCGCGGCUGCAUUGUUCCUGCCAUCUGCUACAGCACUGUCGAAGCGGCUUUCUCGACAUUGCAAGUCCCUGGCCCAUAAUGUCAUUGCCCGACGCCACAGAUCGGUUGAGAUCGUCUUAGCCUUCAUGGUAAAUGUUCCAUGGAUGGAGCCAGGUAGUUGCCUGGGGGAUGACGAUACAUGUUCCUACAUUGCCAUGGCUCUAGCUGUUGCUUUAGAUCUCUCGUUGAACAAGAUUGUGCUUCCAUCAACUAGCUUCGAGCAUAGCCUUCUCAGAAGACUCGCUAAGGCCGAAACUAUCGAUGCAAAGAGAGCCCUAUACAUGGACCGAUUUGAUGGCAUAGAACCGAACUCUGCAUGGGGCCGAAGACUUCUCCGAAGGCGAGAGAGAACGUGGAUAGCGCUGUUUGUUCUCGAAAGAGGUGUAUGUUUAGCUCGCGGGCGAAGCUAUACAGUCCCUUCAACAGCCCUUAUAAACUAUUGUGAUAAGUGGCAUGUAUCCGAUUUUGCAGACUCACGUGAUGGGCCGAUGAAUUCAAUGGCUGUGCUCAGGAGGAAUUUGGUCGCAGAUGCCGGGUCUGAGGUAGCGCAAUCGAUCAAGAAUAUGAUUGAAAGCUUCUACGACAAGUGGUAUGAGAUAUGGGCGCCUGAGAUUGGGGAAGGUCACUCACGCUCCCUUCCACCCUAUGUUGAAAUCCUUGUAACACAUACGAGGCUAUCGACAUAUGGUGGUGUUAUCAACCAUCCUACAGCACCUUUGGAAGUCAAGAGAUUCUUUCGUGCUGCCGGCCUUUCUUCUGCACUGAACGUUCUGAGAGCAGCUAUACAAGGAGAGUCGCGAUUGAAAUCCAUGCCGAAUAACACUGUCAUCAUGAUAUCCUUUGCUGCAUGCUCAGCACUUAGUCUCAGCGUGAUGCCAGAAGACAGCAGGUCGAGUUUGGCGCCAAGUGUUCAUAAUUUGAUCGAGGAAACUGCAGGUGUCCUUGAGCGUAUUGGAGCUACUACCCGCCAUAGAAAUGGCGCCUCUGUUCUCUAUGGGCGCUUCCUGAGAGCGCUUGUCAGACGCGCUCCUGUAAGCGCAGGCUCUCAGAACCUGAAGGUCGAAACGGGGCCGCUACAACCUCCGCCAGACUUGGAUGGGUAUUGCCCGGUGGCUUCCGGGACACAGCCAUCCUCGAUACCGACCUCUUUUAUUUGGCCUGAACCACUCAGAUUUUCUGCUAUGUCUGAUGACCAGAUCAUAGACGCAGUGAACCGAGCUGGCACCGCAUUUGGGACAUCUGUGCCCGAUGUUCCACUGGAUGACCUAAUGACUUGGGACUGGUUCGAUGUCGGAAAUGCGGCAGAUUUUGGCUUCUGA